CGAUAGCUCAGUUGGUAGAGCGGAGGACUGUAGAGGUCGAGCACUGAAAUCCUUAGGUCGCUGGUUCGAAUCCGGCUCGAAGGAGUUGAUUUUUUUUUGUGGUGUUACAACAUGUUAAGGAUUUCAGUCCAGGUUAAUACUGAUGCUUCAGGAACUUACCUCGGUCGGUUUUAUGAGAAACUGACAUUGCAUUUCAACUUUGCAAACAAUUAAAAAGAAGGGACAAUUAUGUGGCUUUUCUGUGUGCUUCUCUUUCGCAAGUGUUGUGUUAGCGUACUCAAUUUUAAAACAUUUUAUUAUUAUUUUGACACUGACGAUUGGUACUUUUAUUUUGAAAGGCUCCGUACAGUUCCUGCUGUUGUGACGCCAAUUACGUAAAAUCAUUUUUGAAGCGCUGUCUUCACAUGGAAACCUAAACAUGGAGAAUUCAAGCACAGAGAAGCAGGUAAAGAAUGUUCUAAUUCCUUACAAUCAAGAUCAAGAAUCUGAAAAAGAGAAAAUGGAAUUGGAUAUUAAUAAUACGUUUCAGACUAAAAUGACCGGUGAUCAGAGCUUUUGUCCUGAACUUGGACCAACAGAUAAGCCAUGCACCAGUGGUCAGUCUGAACAGCUAGGAGAUCAGAGCUCCAGUGGUCAACUUGAACCAACAGCAGAACCUUUCACUACUGAUCAGUCUGGACUGACAGGAGAACAGAGCUCCAGUGGUCAACUUGGACCAACAGCAGAACCUUUCACUACUGAUCAGUCUGGACUGACAGGAGAACAGAGCUCCAGUGGUCAACUUGGACCAACAGCAGAACCUUUCACUACUGAUCAGUCUGGACUGACAGGAGAACAGAGCUCCAGUGGUCAACUUGGACCAACAGCAGAACUUUUCACUACUGAUCAGUCUGGACUGACAGGAGAACAGAGCUCCAGUGGUCAACUUGGACCAACAGCAGAACUUUUCACUACUGAUCAGUCUGGACUGACAGGAGAACAGAGCUCCAGUGGUCAACUUGGACCAACAGCAGAACUUUUCACUACUGAUCAGUCUGGACUGACAGGAGAACAGAGCUCCAGUGGUCAACUUGGACCAACAGCAGAACUUUUCACUACUGAUCAGUCUGGACUGACAGGAGAACAGAGCUCCAGUGGUCAACUUGGACCAACAGCAGAACUUUUCACUACUGAUCAGUCUGGACUGACAGGAGAACAGAGCUCCAGUGGUCAACUUGGACCAACAGCAGAACUUUUCACUACUGAUCAGUCUGGACUGACAGGAGAACAGAGCUCCAGUGGUCAACUUGGACCAACAGCAGAACUUUUCACUACUGAUCAGUCUGGACUGACAGGAGAACAGAGCUCCAGUGGUCAACUUGGACCAACAGCAGAACUUUUCACUACUGAUCAGUCUGGACUGACAGGAGAACAGAGCUCCAGUGGUCAACUUGGACCAACAGCAGAACUUUUCACUACUGAUCAGUCUGGACUGACAGGAGAACAGAGCUCCAGUGGUCAACUUGGACCAACAGCAGAACUUUUCACUACUGAUCAGUCUGGACUGACAGGAGAACAGAGCUCCAGUGGUCAACUUGGACCAACAGCAGAACUUUUCACUACUGAUCAGUCUGGACUGACAGGAGAACAGAGCUCCAGUGGUCAACUUGGACCAACAGCAGAACUUUUCACUACUGAUCAGUCUGGACUGACAGGAGAACAGAGCUCCAGUGGUCAACUUGGACCAACAGCAGAACUUUUCACUACUGAUCAGUCUGGACUGACAGGAGAACAGAGCUCCAGUGGUCAACUUGGACCAACAGCAGAACUUUUCACUACUGAUCAGUCUGGACUGACAGGAGAACAGAGCUCCAGUGGUCAACUUGGACCAACAGCAGAACUUUUCACUACUGAUCAGUCUGGACUGACAGGAGAACAGAGCUCCAGUGGUCAACUUGGACCAACAGCAGAACUUUUCACUACUGAUCAGUCUGGACUGACAGGAGAACAGAGCUCCAGUGGUCAACUUGGACCAACAGCAGAACUUUUCACUACUGAUCAGUCUGGACUGACAGGAGAACAGAGCUCCAGUGGUCAACUUGGACCAACAGCAGAACUUUUCACUACUGAUCAGUCUGGACUGACAGGAGAACAGAGCUCCAGUGGUCAACUUGGACCAACAGCAGAACUUUUCACUACUGAUCAGUCUGGACUGACAGGAGAACAGAGCUCCAGUGGUCAACUUGGACCAACAGCAGAACUUUUCACUACUGAUCAGUCUGGACUGACAGGAGAACAGAGCUCCAGUGGUCAACUUGGACCAACAGCAGAACUUUUCACUACUGAUCAGUCUGGACUGACAGGAGAACAGAGCUCCAGUGGUCAACUUGGACCAACAGCAGAACUUUUCACUACUGAUCAGUCUGGACUGACAGGAGAACAGAGCUCCAGUGGUCAACUUGGACCAACAGCAGAACUUUUCACUACUGAUCAGUCUGGACUGACAGGAGAACAGAGCUCCAGUGGUCAACUUGGACCAACAGCAGAACUUUUCACUACUGAUCAGUCUGGACUGACAGGAGAACAGAGCUCCAGUGGUCAACUUGGACCAACAGCAGAACUUUUCACUACUGAUCAGUCUGGACUGACAGGAGAACAGAGCUCCAGUGGUCAACUUGGACCAACAGCAGAACUUUUCACUACUGAUCAGUCUGGACUGACAGGAGAACAGAGCUCCAGUGGUCAACUUGGACCAACAGCAGAACUUUUCACUACUGAUCAGUCUGGACUGACAGGAGAACAGAGCUCCAGUGGUCAACUUGGACCAACAGCAGAACUUUUCACUACUGAUCAGUCUGGACUGACAGGAGAACAGAGCUCCAGUGGUCAACUUGGACCAACAGCAGAACCUUUCACUACUGAUCAGUCUGGACUGACAGGAGAACAGAGCUCCAGUGGUCAACUUGGACCAACAGCAGAACCUUUCACUACUGAUCAGUCUGGACUGACAGGAGAACAGAGCUCCAGUGGUCAACUUGGACCAACAGCAGAAGCAUUCACCAAUGAUCAGUCUGAAGAGACAGGAGAUCAGAGCACUGGUGGUUCAUCUGGACUGACAGAAGAUCACUGCACCAGCACUCAUUCUGAACAAACUGGAGAUCAGAGCUCCAGUGGUCAAUUUGGGCCAACAGGAGAACAUUUAACCAGCGAUCAGUCUGGACUGGCAGGAGAUCAGAUCUUCAUUAUUCAGUCUGAACAAACAUUGGAUCAGAUCUCCAGCAUUCAGACUGGACCUGCAGAGACGCAGUGUGGAACUCUGGUUAGUCCACACUCUGGGACUGGAUCGUUAGGUCUGCUGAGCAUGCAGUACAAAGAAAACAGCUCGGAUGACAACUGUUCAGACAGUGACUCAGACUCUUCGUCCUCCACAUCCUCCUCUUCAUCAUCCUCAACCUCUUCCUCCUCUGAGCCUUUUAAUUUAGUCAAGAACAACGCAGAAGAUGACGAUGAAGGUGUUGCCAUGGGCAAUGAGAAAAGGCCUGCACCAUUGAAAACCCAAGAUGAGCUGCUUAUCGAUGAUCUUCCUGUAGUUGAGAACCUCUUCAUCAGCCUUCCAGAAGAUACAGAGUUGGAGCCCAUUGGGACAAUAUCAAGCAUUGUGGAGCAAUUAGUGAUUGUGGAGUCAUACAGGAACACACCACCACUGCAUGAAAACAGCGUGUUAUUCACCAAAAACAGAAACUCUGUUGGCAAGAUCUUUGAAGUCUUCGGGCCAGUUUGUCAGCCUUACUAUGCUUUGAGGUUCAACUCCCAUGACGAUAUCGACCAGAAAGAUCUUAAAAUUCGAGAUGUGGUUUAUUUUGCCCCCAAAAUUAAAGAUUUCACAGACUACAUCUUUACAGAGCGACUCCAAAGGACCAAAGGCUCAGAUGCAUCCUGGAAAAAUGACCAGGAACCACCCCCUGAGGCACUUGAUUUUAGCGAUGAUGAGCAAGAGAGGCUGGCCAAACAGAAGCUUAAAGAGCAAAAGAGACGGCAACAAAAUGAUUCCGACUCAGAGGACGAAUUGGAUGCCCAUAAAGGUCCGCCCCCUCAUAAAUCCGGUCGGCGGAAGCCCAGACAGAACCGCAACGUUUCCCGUGGGCAGCACCACGAUCGCGGUGGCGGUUUCCAUAGCAACUAUCACGCUCACCCCCCCUUCCCACCGGAAUACAUGUUCCCCCCUCCAGAUCCACACAUGUUUCCCUUCCAGGGCCCAAUGAUGCCACCUUUUCCCAGACCGCCACCCUUUCACAUGGGAAUGGCCCUGUGGCCCCCAGGGCCCAAUCAGGGCUUUAUGUUCCAGCCCCCACCUCCACCUCCUCCACCACCGCAUAAUCAGUAAAGCUGUGACUGAAUCCUAUUUACAACCUGCGCCCUAAAAGGGAUCACAAUCUUUGCAUACGAAUACAACUGUAUACAGGUGUAAAGUAUGAAUCAAGCAUAACUGUAUAUUAUUAGAGUGCAAUUUUUCACUUUCUAUUAAAAAUUAUUAAUUUCUCA